AUGUCUGAGCUCGACGACACCCACAUCUCGGUGCGCUUCAGGCACGGCAUUCACACCAUCUACCUCUUUGUCGACGCUCUUGCGCCCUUCAGCGCCAUCACAACCCAGCUUCUGGAGACAUUGCAAGAGAGAUACCCCGGCGGCUUGACAACGUCGAUUGCACCUCCCAAGACCACGCCUGUCCCCGAGGCAACCGAUGCCGUCGUUGCCUAUGGAGUUCUCACCGUCCCCAACGACCCGACGCGGGGUUGGAAGAAGCUGAACCACAAAAAUGGCGAGAGCACGCCGACGAAGCUGGGCUUGAAGAAUAACAGCCUGGUCGCAUUUGCGUUUGUGGAGGAUGAGGAUGACGAGGCUGAGUUUGAGGUGGAGUGGCCUCGAGAGGAUGAGGACAUGUAUGAGCAGUGA